AUGGAAGUUGUGUACAAUACAGCAACAGUCAUUUCUAUUGUUCUCUACUUAAUGCUUCUAUGUUACAGGUAUGCUGUUGGGAGAAAGGAGAAAAGUUCAUUACCCACCAACUGGCCUAUUCUUGGCAUGAUUCCGGCGCUGCUCAAAAAUAUUGGCCGAUUGCACCAGGUUACAACAGAGGUAUUAGAGCAGAGUGGGGGCACAAUUUGGUUUAAAGGACCUUGGUUUGCUAAUAUGGAUAUGAUGGUCACUAGUGAUCGAGCCAAUGUCCAUUACAUAUUGACUAAGAACUUCCCCAACUUCUCCAAAGGUCCUGAAUUUAAGAAGAUAUUCGAUAUUUUCGGAGAUGGGAUUUUUGCUGCAGAACAUGAAUCAUGGGAAAGCCAGAGGAGAAGUACUAAAGCACUAAUGAUGCAGCCGGGGUUCCAGGAAUUGGUUGCGACAACCAGCUGGAACAAGGUCGAAACAAGCCUAAUCCCCAUUAUGGAGCUCGUUUCAGAAACUGGAACGGAAGUGGACGUGCAAGAACUAUUUCAGCGUUUCGCCUUUGAUUGUUCUUGUAUUUUGGUUUUAGGCCAUGAUCCCACUUCCUUGAGCAAAGAGUUGCCUCAUUUACCACACGAGAAAGUAUUUGCAGAUGUUGGGGAAGCAGUGUUAUACAGGCAUAUACUCCCUCAAAUUGUCUGGAAGCUGCAAAGGUGGCUUCAAGUUGGGAAAGAGAGAAAGUUGAAAGAAGGUAUGGAGCAUUUUGAUCGAUUUUUAUGUCACUGUUUCUCACUCAAGCAGCAAGGUGACACGGCCGCAACGGAACCUGGAAGACAGGAUUUUGACAUAUUGAGUAGUACCAUGAGAGCAGUUGAAGUAAAUGGUGAUGAUGCACCUAAUAUUUCUCAAGUGUCUUGGAGAGACAAUAUGUUUAAUUUAAUCGGUGCAGGUAAAGAUACAAUAAGCGCAACUCUUACUUGGUUUUUUUGGCUUCUAGCAACACACCCUGCAGAAGAAGAAAAGAUUCGACUGGAAAUCUGCACAAAUUUUCAAGUAGGAAAAUGGAAAUUCACCAACAUGAAGGAGCUAAGGAAACUGAUAUAUUUGCAUGGCGCUCUGUGCGAAGCGUUGCGCCUCUUCCCUCCGGUAGCAAUUCAACAUAAAGCUCCAGUUGAGCACGAUAUCCUUCCAACUGGCCAUCACAUAAAACCAAAUACAAUAACGCUCUUGUCAUUCUACUCAAUGGGUAGGAUGGAAUCAAUCUGGGGUAAAGAUUGCCUCCAGUUUAAACCAGGGAGAUGGAUUUCUGAGACGGGAAGCAUCAAAAUUGAACCAUCUUACAAGUUUACAGCGUUUAAUGCGGGUCCGAGGAGUUGUUUGGGGAAGGAAAUGUCCUUCACUCAAAUGAAAAUUGUUGCAGCAGCCAUUAUUAGCCGUUUUAAGGUUCAGGUAGCAGCAGGUCAUCCUGUAUGUCCAAAUGCUUCAAUCAUACUUCACAUGAAACGUGGACUCAAGGUUAAGGUUUCAAAAUAUGAAUGA